AUGCAUGUGGUUGUGCAAGCGAGCAAUCCUCGCUGCGCUUGGCGCGCUCACCUCGCCACCCGGGCUAAUUUCUCGGCUCAUCUUUGCGUCACACCACAACGUCCUUCCCUCACCGACUCUCACACGCCUAUAAACUGCUACAUUUCCAUGCACGCUUCGCACCUCGACGCCUCAAUGAGUCCCCAUCAGCGCGCCGACAGCUCGUCAAUCCCCGGCGAAUCCUCAUCAAGCCGUUCCGGUGACGGCCCGCCCGCUCGCCCUGGAUACAUGACGGUUGGAUCGGGGUCGACACCAGAGGCUGCGGCUCGCCUGAUAUCUAUGCUCGGCCACGACUCUGGAUACGGAGGCAGUUUGGUCGAUGGAGACACGACCGGUCGGAGCUCGUAUCCCAUCAUCGGCGAAGACAGACCUUCCCUCCCCCCCACAUCGAUUCUCACAAGCGCGGGGUUCGAGCAGGAUAGACAGCGCAGCCAUGUGUUGCAGCUGCGAUAUAAUCAGAACAAGAAUGCGCUGGCCCGAUCGAUCCACGGAACCAUCGAUGCGUUGAAGAGCUUCCAAGAGUACAAUCUGAAAUGGCCGGCGCAUUACCCCUCCAUACCCGCAGAGCCCAGAAACGUCCGCACCGACUCCCGCCCCGCACUACAGCAUACACAAUCCGCGCUGGCUGCCCCCGAACCGAACACUAGAUUGCGUGGCCGGCCUCGACCUCCACGGCGAGCAGGCACAUCAAUUGCAACAGACAUUGAAGCAGGCGAGUCUAGCGUAGCAGCUGCACAGGAACAAGCGCAGGAACCUCGCUUGGUCACACCGCAGCUUGCACACGAUUUCUCGGUUCUCAAACUGGAAUUACGCAUGGAUGGGCGCACACAAACAGACUUGGUCCAUUCACUAGAAAGGGGCUCUAUUGCCUCCCUUCUAGACAGCCAAAUCCAGCAGAGUAUUCGCCAUCUGUACCUGAUCAAGGAGAGGAUUGAGGAUACGUCAAGCAAGGUUCUCGUGACUGGCGACCUGAACGCAGGAAAAUCUACAUUCUGCAAUGCGCUCCUCCGACGGAAAGUUCUACCAGAAGACCAGCAGCCCUGCACAAGUAUCUUCUGCGAGGUUCUUGAUUUCCAGGGGAAUGCUGGCGUUGAAGAAGUCCACGCCAUACCUAUUGGAUCUGUGUAUAACCGCCGCGACGAAAGCACAUACACAGUUUUCAAUAUAGGCGAUUUGGAGAGGAUUGUUACCAACAAUAAGCGUUUUGAGCAGUGCAAGAUCUACAUCAAAGACGUCCGGUCAGUAGAUGAGUCGUUGCUCAAUAACGGCGUGGUGGACAUCUCCUUGAUUGAUGCGCCUGGCUUAAACUCAGAUUCGCUCAAGACCACUGCUAUCUUUACUAGACAGGAAGAGAUUGAUGUUGUAGUGUUUGUUGUUUCUGCGGCAAAUCAUUUUACAGAAUCAGCAAAGAACUUUAUCUCAAGCGCGGCGAAAGAAAAGGCGUACAUCUUCAUGGUAGUCAAUGGCUUUGACGCGAUUCAGGACCAGCAAAGGUGUAAGGAGAUGAUCCUUAAACAAGUAUAUGGCCUUAGCCCGGCUACGUUCAAGGAGUCAAGCGAGUUAGUCCACUUUGUGUCAAGCAACGCCAUCCCUAUGAUUACGGCAAGUCAGGACGGAUCUCCUCCAGACGAUAGUGAUGAUGAUCCCUCUGGCAAAGGAAAGGGUAAAGAGGCAGAGAAGGCUCAGGACUUUAAUGAGCUGGAGACAUCACUACGACGCUUUGUGCUAGAAAAGCGAGCAAGGUCUAAACUAGCACCCGCAAAGACAUACCUGCUCAACGUACUAGGGGAUAUCCACAACCUUUCUGCUCUUAACCAAGACGUUGCGGAGUCAGAACUGGCGCGGGUGAAGAAGGAACUUGACGCGCUUGAGCCAGACUACGAACAGUCUAAGAAAGCAAAUACAGAGGCAGGGGAGUCUGUUGAUCGAAUAGUAGAGGAGAAUACUUCAAACGUCUAUGGUUACACACGCGAUACGCUCAACAACUGUGUCUCUAACGUUGGGGGCGAGGAUCUUGGAAUUGAGUAUCCUGGCAUCUUCUCUGCUUACCAGUAUGCAGAGGAUCUUAGAGACUCUAUGGUUCACAAAAUCAUCGAGACUGUGCGUGUGUGCGAAGAUCACGCACGACGGCAGGCUGUCCAGGGUUACAAUGGCAUCAAGAACCUAGGCAUUCUGCAUCUUGGCAACGACCUCCACGCAGAUAUCAUGUUCCGUCCAGAGAGGAUGUUUAGCAAGUCUGCACACGUCCUUGCCCGCCAAGUUGAUAUUGAGAUAGAAGCGUGGGACUUUCUUGACGUUAGUAGCCUGUGGGAACGUCAAGAGAAGGUUGCUGGUACAGGCCUAGCUGUCACUGUUGCUAGUAUUGUAGGUGGCCGCUUAGUAGGUGGUGUUGGAUGGCUGGACGGUGCUUUGGGCGCUGCGAAGAUUGUGGGCUCGAGCAACCUUAGGAGACUGAUCAUUCCUGGUCUCAUUGCAGGUGUCGCCAUUGGUGCGUCAUAUAUCCUCGCAUCUGUCCCUCAGUCUUUGCUCCAUCGACUUCGUGCAAAGCUGUCAGCACAGUUAGCUUCCAUCGACUACAUCCAUUUGAAUGCCUUUCGCAUUAGCUCUGAAGUUCGCCGUGCACUUAAAGGCCCUGCAAACGAUGUCCGCGUCGGUUUCCAGCGAAACGUCGAAAAACUCCAGCUGAAGAAGGAAGAAACCUGCAAGAUCAGGGCAGAGGCGUCUGACGCUAAAAAGUACUUUGCCAACCUCUUCCGCCAGAGCAGCGAGCUACGGCAGAUGGUGCAAAGGAUCGAUCUGGAUGCUACGCCACCCGCAGCCGUUAGUGUUGGUAAUUAA